AUGGAGCUUGUAGACUGGGUCAUCAGUCAAGGCGGCUCUCUCAAUGACUGCGUCCGCGUUGCGCAGGAUGCCUCGCGCGGGGUCCACAUUCAAGUCAAAGGCGACUGGCCCCAACCCAUCAGCAAGGAAACCAAAGUCCUCAGCACACCCAUAGGCGCAACAAUGUCCUACUUUAAUGCUAUUGGAUUCCAAACACCGCAGGCGACCUUCUCCAAACAUGGCGUUGAGCUGCCCCAGGCGUUUAUUGAUGCCGUGGCAGUCGAGGAGACGUGCACUUUCUUCCUGAUGGGCCAGUUCCUGCGUGGUCCACAGGGCUUUUGGUAUCCGUAUUUGCGAACUCUGCCGCAGCCUGGUGAGUUGAAUACACCGCUUUUCUUUGGAGAGGAGGAUGUGGAUUGGAUUCAAGGGACUGGUAUUCCGGAGGCGGCUGUGCAGAGGUAUCAGGUUUGGGAUGAGAGGUAUGAGCAGUGUAUGUCUAAGUUGGAGGAGGCUGGGUUUGAGGGACUCGAGGAGUAUACGUGUGUCGUUGAGACGUCUAAGCUUGAGGAGGAUAGUGGAGUGUCAGUACUGCUGCCACUUAUUGAUCUCCCCAAUCACCGUCCGCUGGCCAAGGUUGAGUGGCGGGCAGGUUCUUCAGAUAUUGGGAUGGUCGUUUUGGAGGAGGUUGGUCCAGGCCACGAGAUUUCAAACAACUAUGGACCUCGGAACAACGAACAAUUACUGAUGAACUAUGGCUUCUGUCUCCCCAACAACCCAACGGACUACCGCAUCAUCAAACUGGGUGUGAAGCCAGAUAGCAAUCUCAGCAAAGCCAAGAACCACCAAAUCGAGCUGUUCCCCGAGGUGGCCAACAACAAGGAAGAUCAUUACUACAUCUUCAAUGUCUUCUACCCACUCCUCGGGCCUGAUACUGCCAUGGAGCACUCUAUCUUCUCACCAGCCCUUUUCAACUCCCUGACCAUUAUGCAUGCCAACGAGCGCGAGCGCAAACAGAUUCAAAUCACCGAAUCAGCCAUAUCAAUCCCCCCUAGCCUACGGAAAUGGCCACAGCACUCUGGCAGCACUAUCUCAGAUCAGCUUCGAAUAUACCGCAACGGCCUGCUUACGCUUGACAAGGCCGCGCUGGUCAUCGCGACAUGGACUCUUGCCCGGGCGCGUGAUCAUAACCGUGGUGAAAGCUGGGAGGAUAUCAAGACUCUAUUGAAUGAGCAUAUGUUACAGAUUCCGGAGGGACACUUCUCGGUCGAGACACUCUCUAGGAUCCGUGUGCGGAUCUUGGAGCGGGAAUCACUACUCAAAAAGAAUGGAGAGCUAUUCCGCCUAGGAGAGCUAUUCAGUCUACUACCGGCUGAUAUGCAAGCGGCGAGUCGGGAGUGCUUUAACCAUGUGCUUGCACAAGCUGGCCAGCAGGUUUCUUCGUUACAGACCAACCCGGAGGCUCUAUUUGCUCUGGUUCUUUGCUUGUUGGUUGCAACUGGGCGAUCGGCUCAAGCACGACCAGAGUUGUCGUCUCGUCUGACUCGAUGGGUGGACUUCCUAGUUGAGCAGUAUCCGAUGUUGACUGUCCCAUCAGUCGCCAGUGACACUGUUGAUCAAUUGAUCCAAUUCGUCCAGAGUGAGCAAGCUCAGACAUGGACAGCUCAAGAUGGAGUUCAUUGGCUGUCUGAAGACAGUGGGUGGCUGGAUUCGAAUUGGCUAAAAUGGGCGUAUACUGUGGCAGAGGCGGAGAUGGUGUUGAUCCCCCACGAGCCGCUGCAAGUGUUAGUGACGGAGAACCCAGGCUUGCCUAAGCUGGGAUGUUUGUACGUGCCGCAAGAGUAG